UGUGUUAAGCAACAAAAACCGUUACGGUAACAUAGAAGUCCAAGUUGAAAAUCUAAAUCAGUGCAGACAUGUAUUCGAAAACGAUCGCAGUUUUGGCUUUGGCCGCCGUUUGUAUUGCGGCCCCCCAACAUCAGGAAGCUGCCCGAUUUCCAGCUGGUGUGAAUCCGGCUGCUUGUCCAUCGUAUCCAAAUUGCGAUAAUGCCGCCCUGCACAACCCAAAUCCACACAACAAUCACGCCGCCAAUCACUGGAACCCGAACUGGAACGUCCAGCCAAGCUGGAACGCAGCUCCUCAGCCUGCCUGGAAUGCUCAGCCAGCGUGGAAUGCCCAACCCGCCUGGAACGCAGCUCCCCAGCCAGCCUGGAAUGCUCAGCCAAGCUGGAACUCCUAUCCAGCCGUUACUGGACCAUCUCACAAUCACUUGGCUGCUCCCGUUUCCACUGCCGGUGGUGACAAAUACCCAGCUGGUGUGAGCCCACACAGCUGCCCGAACUACCCUUACUGUGAUAACUCUGCUCCAGCUGGUGUCCCGCAUGUUGCUCCUCUGCCAGGAUACACCGAGCGUCAGUACCCAGCCGGAGUUUCCCCACACAGCUGUCCCAACUUCCCAUACUGUAACUAAACCAACUGUGAUCAGUGCCUUACUCAUUUAGCUAGAUACUAAAAACUCAUUCCGACUUCCUCUGUAACGCGUUCCAUAAAGCAUCUAAAGCGUACUUCAUCAAAGCUAGAUUUUCAAGUACGAGGACUGCUGAAUCCUUGUCAUCCCAAACUCUCACUGCCAUGUUUGUUUUGUGUAAAUAAUGCUCCAUUUAGGUUCGUUGAUGUUUGAUGUGCAUGUGAAUUAUGUUGUGUAGUUUCUUGAAACACCUGUUUCCUGCAGGUAUGAAGAGAAUGUAUUGAAAAUAAACGAAA